GCUCAUAUAAGACCAGCCAAAGGAAUAUAGAACCAGAGCUUCUGAGAAUUAUUCUCACAAAUAAUUCUUUGGAUGAAGUUGUAUCAAAUGCUGACAUCGAUGUCAGAUUAUCCGAUUCUCUAACAAUAUUAAAAGGAAGAGGAGAAGCUUUUGGCUUCGAACCAUUUCCUGGUACAUUUCUUGGUCCAAAAUCUGAAAAUGCCAUAUUACUACUCGAUAUUCAUAACCUUUUAGUCGGAUUCUAUAAUAAUGCAAAAAUAGAUUUUCAAUUUACUGCUCCAGGAGAUAUUUUGGGAAUUGAACAAAUAGCU